AGACAUUCACAGACCUGUCCCCCCAAAAAGUACAGUUAGUAUGAGACAAGCUGCAGGGCCUUAGACGGCUCAAGUCAGUUCCUUUGCUUUUUUCUGCUGUCUCUUUGAUUUCCAGUUUCUUUUUGGAGUUGCAUGCCUAAUUUUGUUUAGGAAUCCUCAAAAGGACUGUGAAACAUUGCAAUUACAGAGCUGGAGGAGGCUGUAUUAGUCUUUGCACUCAUCGUCCUAGGAAAGGUAUCUGGAGGGAAAGACUGAAUUAAGAGAAGAAGCUCCAGGCAGCAUAAAAGAGGAAGGAACUGAGUUAAAAAAUUUAACAGGGACCUCCCCAAAACAACUUAAUUCUACGCCUCUCCACUUGAAGAUUUUAAUGACCUGGCAUUGAUUCUUUUAGUAAGAUACCCUUUCAUCACUAUGACGGAGAACUCAUCUGAAGGUCGCAUAUCCGCUACCACAAUGGUUCUAGAUGGCAAGAAUGGGACUGUUCAUAAACCGUCAGUGAAGACAAACACAGUUGCACAAGACUUGAAGACAACAUUCCGUUCACCAGUAGCAUGGCUCCUUGUAGCUGCUCUUAUAGUUACUUGGUCCAGCGUAGCAAUUGUAAUGUUCGACUUGGUGGACUACAAAGCUCUUGCAGGAGGUUCUAUUAACAAGUUAAGGAGUGACCCAGUAAAACUAAUACAUCAAGCUGUUGACGACUCCACUGACUGGCUGUAUGCUUGGUUUUCAACAAUUUCUGACAUCUUAGACCUCGAUGAUGAACGUAAAGGGCCUGGUGUUGCUCCCGUGAAGAAAAUAGUUCUUCAGAAAGACACAGGAGAAAAACCCGAAAAACUUGAAGUCAAAUCUUCACACAAAGUUCUUCAUGUUCCCAAAGACAAACCGGUCAAAGAAGAAAAAAUAGAACACGCAAAACACAAAGCCCUUCAUAAAGAAGAAGCUGAAUUGAAAGAAAAGUCUCCAACUAAAGCUGUUCAAAAACAAAAGCCUGUAACUAUACAAGAACUUGGGAAGAAAACUCAGUCAAAGGUUACUGAAAAAGAAAAACCUGCAUCAAAAUUGAAAACGCAAAAGAAAGAGCCAACUAAAGUAAGCGCAAAAGAAAAACCCGAAAAGAAGAAGGAAGAAAAGAAAACUCCUGUCAAAGAAAAACCUGAGAAGAAAUCCCCUGCUAAAGUAGCUGCAAAAGAAAAACCAGAAAAGAAGGAAAAAGCUGAGAAACCAUUGGCCAAAAUAACCACAAAAGAAAAACCUGUAAAGAAGGAGAAGGCAGAAAAGAAGACCCCUACCAAAGAAGUUACAAAAGAAAAACCUGAAAAGAAGGAAAAAGCUGAGAAACCACUGGCCAAAGUAGCUGCGAAAGAAAAACCAGAGAAGAAGGAAAAAGCUGAGAAACCAUUGGCCAAAGUAGUUGCAAAAGAAAAACCCGAAAAGAAGGAAAAACCAUUGGCCAAAGUUGCAAAAGAAAAAACUGAAAAGAAGGAAAAAGCUGAGAAGCCAUUGGACAAAGUAAUUGGAAAAGAAAAACCUGAAAAGAAGGAAGAAGCUGAAAAACCCUUGGCCAAAGAAAUAACAAAAGAAAAAGCUGAAAAGCCUUUGGCCAAAGAAAAACCUGAACACAAGGAGAAAGCUGAGAAGCCUUUGGCCCAAGAAAAAAUAAUUACAACAGAAAAAGAUGAAAAGGAGGAAGCUGAGAAGCCAGAGGCCAAAGCUCCGCCUACCUGCAUCUUAAAGCUGUAUACCCUCAGUAUGCUUGACGAAAUUAAACAAUCUCCUCUAAUGGGAAGUGAACACAUAAUUAUUCAAGAGAUAUCUGAAAAAAAGGAAAAGGAGGAAAAACCCCUGCCCCCUAAAGACGUGGCAAAAGAAUCUGAAAAGAAGGCAAAAGAAGACAAAAAACAUCCACAUAAAGUUAUUACAAAAGAAAAAGUUGAGAAAAAGGAAGUGGAGGCAAAACCUUUACUUAAAGUAACCACAAAAGAAAAAGUAGAGAAGAAGGAAAAAGCUGAAGCAAAAAGUGUUACCAAAGAAAAAGAAGUGACUAAAAAGAAGGAAAAACCUGAGAAGACAUCUCCUCCUAAAGAAGUUACAAAAGUAAAGCAAGAGAAAAAAGAAAAAGCUACAGAAAAGACUCCACCUAAAGAUGAGAAAAAAGCAAAGGUCUCCCCAGCAGAAGAAAAGACAAAGAAAUAUAUAAAACCUAAAACAUCAGUCAAAAAGGUAACAAAAGACACAGUAAAAGAAGCUAAACUAUUAGACGAGAAAAAGACAAAAUCCAAGACCAAAGAAGAGCAUCCAGAUAAAGUGGAAACAAAAGCCGCAAAGCAAGAUCAAUAUCAAUUCUGUCGCUAUGUCGUUGACAUGUAUUCUCAAGGGAAUAUUUCUACAGGACAUCCAAUGUCUCCUGCUAUCAUACCGCAAAAAGCAGCUGUAUCAUCACUACCUUCUGUAAAAGCAAAACCAGAAGAAAAGAAGGCAUCAACUGACAAAAAGGAUAUUCCAGCUGCUGUGGUAGAGCAAAAGAAGACUUUACCAGAGAAGAAGCUUGUGUCAGAACCAAAGAAAGCAGCUGCUGUGGUAGAGCAGAAGAAGGCUUUACCAGAGAAGAAGCUUGUUUCAGAACCAAAGAAAGCAGAACAUGUAAAGACUACCACGCACAAAGAAGAAGCCGUUAAACCAGCUCAAGCUAUCGCUAAAUCAGAAGAGAAGAAAGAUGUUAAAAAACCCAAAAUCAGUAGAGGAAAAAAAACAGAUAUAUCCAAAACAAAGGUAUCUGCAAAACCAUUGAAGAAAGUCAAAGAACCUGCAAAAGCUAAAGAAAAGAUUGCAACAUCUUCUGCCAAACAAGUUAAAACUUCUAAAGUGAAGAAAACACAGCCUGAAAAAAUAAAAGAUAUAUCUGUGGAUUCUUCAAAAAAAGUAGAGUUGUCAGAGAAAGAAGAAGUUAAAAGAACAAAGCAAGAGACUCAACAAAAGAAAUCUCAUGAAGAACCUGCCAGACCAAAGAAAGAGUCUACUGCCAAGAAACACACCGAAGAACCAGCUAAAAGAGAGAAAGAGACAGACAAGAAAGAGCAUAAAAAAGAAGAAACAAAACAAAAGAAAGAGACAGACAAGAAAGAGCAUAAAAAAGAAGAAACAAAACAAAAGAAAGAGAUAGACAAGAAAGAGCAUAAAAAAGAAGAAACAAAAGAAAAGAAAGAGACAGGUAACAAAGAGCAUGAAGAAGAAAAAACAAAAGUAAAGAAAGAGACAGACAAGAAAGAACACAAAGACAAAGAAAUAAAAGUAAAGAAAGAGGCAGACAAGAAAGAACAUAAAGAAGCACAACAAAUAAAGAAAGAAACUCCACCAAAGACAAAGGAGGUUGAAUCAACAAAAUCAAAGACAGAGACUCCAAUAAAGAAGGUUAAAGAACCAAAAACUAAGACAGCAAAGAAAACACCAGAAAAAACUCCAGUGAAAAAGCCUGAAGCACCAAAAAUAAAGACUGAGACUCCAGUGAAGAAACAGGAGGCUGAACCAGCAAAGACAAAGACAGAGACCCCAGUGAAGAAGAGGGAGGUUGAAGCAACAAAAACAAAGACAGAAACUCCAGUGAAAAAGCAGGAGGCUAAACCAGCAAAAACAAAGACAGAGACUCCAGUGAAGAAGCAGGAAGCUGAACCAACAAAAACAAAAACAGAGACUCAAGUGAAUAAGCACGAAGCUGAACCAACAAAAACAAAAACAGAUGCUCCAGUGAAGAAGCAAGAAGUUGAACCAAGAAAACCAAAAAUAGAUACUCCCGUGAAAAAACACAUCGAAGGACCAACAGAACAAAAAAAAGCAAAGAAAAUACCACCAAAGACAGACAAGAAAAAAGAUAAAAAAGAAGCACCAAAAAUUAAGAAAGAGAUCCCAGAGAUUCUAGAAAAGAAACACAAAGCAGAACCAAAAGAGACAGAGAAAGAUUCAACAGUCAAGGAACUAAAAAAAGAACAUCCUGAGCCAAAGAAAGAAAAAGACAUUAAAUUUCCUGAAAAAACAGCUGCACCACAAAAGAAAGAAGAAAAAACGUUUAAACAUGACAAAGCACCUCAAGAUACAAAGUCAGAUGAGAAGAUUUUGAAGUUUGAACAUGUGGUUCAUGAUGACAAAACAACUAAACAGAAAAAAAUUGGAAAGAAACAUGUGAAAAUUGAAAAACGAAAAGAAACACCAAAAGCACAGAAACCAGCAAAGAAACCAGUGAAACAGGAAAAAGUCAAAGAAUCCGCAGACAUCGAACCUGAAAAGAAAGUACCAUUGCGCUUCUUUCAGUGUAUCUUCCAUGAAGGACUAAAUGGAUUAAAUGGAUUUGGAUUUCCUUCAUUGUUUACCUCAUUUCAAAGCCAGCAAAGAAACCCAGGUCAUACGAAGGAUGAGGGGGAAAAAAGAGCACAUGGACAAUAAAAUAAAUUAACAACACCUAAUGAGUUGGAUUACUGAAAUCAACCAUUUUGUAGUGAGCCACUGGAUUUAACGGUAGUGGCUCCAGCAGCAGGUCACAAGACAGAGAAAGGUUGUUUUUCCGUUUGUAAACUCUGUGAGAUUAAGAAGACAGAACAACGUGUAACAGAUUUUGCCAUAACUCGUUCAGCUUUAAUAGAAAAAGUGAGGGUUAAUGGCUGUAAUUAUAACGGCAAACUGGAAGAUAAGAGGUUCACGUGUGUUUCUUUGUUUGUUUUCUUUGUUACCAGCUAGGACAAAAAAAGCACUGUAUGCUGCAAAUCCAUAGACAUGCUUUAAAGAACACAAUGUAGAAUUUAUUAGUUUAUUUUGCUUAACCCCUUUUAUAUUUAAGGGACCUGCAUAACGUAGCAAUAAAGGCAGAUAAAAUGCUAUGAAAAAUCUCACUGGAAGUACAAUUGAUGUUCAAAUCGUAUUGAACUAUUACUGCGGCUACAAAGCUGAAACUACGCAAGUAACCAAAUAAUUGAAAACUUUGCAAUACAGACCUUAUUUAUAAAGUAAUGACAACCAAUUUGGCUCUUUCUUUUCUGUAUCCAAUGAGUUCUAUAAUCUGUUAUAUUAUUACCACUUUUCAUAUAUUGAAAUUGCAAUUACAUUUUAUAGAACAA